AUGCCACACCGCUCAGGGGACAAGACGCCCUGGGUUACAUCUGGGGAUGGGCAUGGGCAUGCUUCCGGUAUGGAGGUGUGGGGAAUGUGUGCCAUCAGCAUGGAUGUGCUGGGUAUUGUUCCAUCUCUGUCUGGUGCUGGGAUUCCUUGCAAGGGCAGUGGUUCGGGGCUAGUGCAGGUGGAUUCUUUGGUUAUCUAUUCUGGGACUGUGGGGCUGCAGUCGCCGCACGUCAUGAUAGUCUCUUUCUUUCAUGCGCGUCACGGUUGUGGGACGUCCUCUUUGUUCCGGAGCAAUUUUGUUGUGCCGUCCCUUUUUCCAAACACGGGGUGA